AUGUCUAAUUCCUCACUCGCUUCCCUGUGCUCUUCGGGUAAUAUCCCGAGCCCAACGCUUUUUGGCGCCGAGAUCAUUUCACUCUCCAGCAACCUGGUCUCCAACUACAGCACCUAUGUUCCGGAGGCAUACAACUACAAUCAUCCCUCGGUUAACGUCGAGAACGUCGAUUACUGCAAUAUCACUGUCACAUACACUCAUCUUGGCCAGAACGACAAAAUCAAUGUCGAAGCCUGGCUCCCCUUGGAAUGGAAUGAAAGACUGAUGGCGGUGGGCGGAGGUGGUCUAGUCGCCGGCCGUUUCGUCCUGUCAUAUUUCUUCAUGUCUGGAGCGAUUGGUCAAGGUUAUGCGGCGGUAACCACUGAUGCUGGCACUUCGACUUUCCCAACAGCUGGCAUGACUGAAUUUUUGCUCGGGCCUGGCAACAUGGACUGGAAUGCAAUACAAAACUUCGGCUCCAGAGCCUUAAAUGACGAGUCAAUCAUCGCCAAGGAUUUGGUUGCGAGCUUUUACGGCCGCAAGCCUAAGUACUCGUACUGGAGCGGUUGCUCCCAAGGUGGUCGACAGGGGCUCAUGCUAGCCCAGCGUUACCCGACAGCAUACGACGGCAUCGUGGCUUCCGCGCCGGCCAUCAACAUCCCCUUGUUCACACCCAGCUUGUACUGGCCACAGCUGGUCAUGAAUUUGCACGGCGAAUAUCCACGCAUCUGCGAGGUCAGGGCGCUCACAGCUGCCGCUAUAGCAUAUUGCGAUUCAAAAGACGGUGUCACAGACGGAAUAAUCUCUGACACGGACGGUUGCGAUUUCGACCCGUUCUCUAUGGUAGGUGAGUCCUUCAACUGCUCAGACACAGGUUCGCGCAUGCAGAUUAGCCAUGGCGCCGCCCUUGUUGCGAACGCAACGUGGGCUGGGCCGAUAUCUGCUGACGGGACACGACUGUGGUACGGCAUGGAGAAAGGAGCUCCCCUUGAUAUCGCCAAUACUGAAUGCAGCAGCAACGGGACUUGCGCCGGUAUGGUCGGUAACGCAGGAGAGGGGUGGCUAGCAUACAGCGCCGUCAAGGACCCCUACUUCGAUUCGUCGAAUUUGACCUUGGACGCAUACUCCUGGUUGAUGCACACCAGUGAGACGGAAUGGAAGUCCCUGUGGAGCACGAACGAGCCGGAUCUGUCCGCCUACCGCAACAUAGGCGGCAAGAUACUGACUUACCAUGGACUUGCCGACCAGAACAUCCCGCCCAAAGGCACAAGAGACUACUAUGAGUCUGUUGCUAAGGUCCUUCCCGAAGUCAACGACUUCUUCCGCGUCUUCGAGGUCCCCGGGCUUGAGCAUUGUUCUGGAGGCAGCGGCGGGCAGCCGACCACUAUCUUCGACCAGAUGCGUGCCUGGGUUGAGAACGGAACUGUACCCGAGACGCUCCCUGUCAGCUUCACGAACGCGAAGAACGAGACCUAUAACCGCAUCGUGUGUCCCCUCCCUCUAAAGACUACCUUCAACGCCACGUGUGGCGACGGCACCAAAGCGGAAUGCUUUCACUGCGCGAAGGAGUAG